AAACAGAUCAAUGUAAUAGUCAAAUAAACAGUCGGGUCUCAAUAUUAAAAGCAGCGCAUCGAUUUUCACAUAGUAGUAAUAUUUGUAAAUUCGCUUUUCAAGUUUCUCCCAUGAAGUGGAUCGAAAACACUUCAAAAGUUUUCAAAUCGUUCUAUCCUGCAGUGUCGCUUCAAAACCGAUUUCUUCGCAUGCAAUGAGAGAAGCGAUUUCCGAAUUUUGAGCUGAAACAGAAGAGAUUUUAAGAAAACAUGUUGGAAAAAGCCGGCAAAUUCUCAUUGUCAAAAGACAGUUUCUUUCGGAACAAGAGUUUUAUUUUAGGACUAUCUAUUGGUGCCAUAGUGGUUCUAGUUAUAACAGCUGUUGUAAUAGCUGUGCUUAGAGUAACAGAAGCCAAAGAGAGCGAAUCUGAGUCUCAUUGGAGCUAUGAUAAUCAAGCUGCAUGGCCAGGAUUGUGCCAGAAUGGCACCCGACAAUCUCCCAUCAUAUUAAAUGAGUAUAAUGCAACGAAAGCCACUGUAUCUCCGUUAUAUAUUGAACAUAUCAGUAACUACUUUGAGGACCUCGAGGUGGAAAACAAUGGCCAUACAGUUGAAUUAAUGUUUUCGUCAGUGACCGAUGCACCCACGCUGUCUGGUGCUGGAUUACCUGGAAACUUCACGUUGAAUAAUGUUCAUUUUCACUGGCCUUCAGAGCACAUAAUAAAUGGAGAAUACGCUGAUCUUGAGGCUCAUUUCGUGUUCUACAGUCAAGAAUACGCAAACUUAUCAGAAGCUUUAGAGGUUCCACAUGCUGUUACUGUUGUUGGAGUGCUAUUUGAGGAAGUCGAAGAAGAUAUCGACAAUAGUUUCGAUGUGCUGGACGAUGCAGUGGAAGCGGUGACAUAUCCUGGAACUACCAACACUAAAGGGAACAUAACAUUGGCUGACUUUUUUCCUGACGAAACCGACACAUUUUUCCAGUAUACUGGAUCGUUGACCACUCCAAAAUGCAACGAAAAUAUCAACUGGAUUGUAUUCAAUUCUAAUGGGAUUAUAUCAACUGAUGAUCUCACAAAACUCGUGCACAUUUACACCGAAGAUCACAAGCGAUUAGUAUCGAAUAACAGGCAAUUGCAGAAGAGACGCGGCCGGACUAUUUAUUUAUCCAGCCAAUCCAGCUAGAAGACUGAAUAGAGUUAAGAUAAAUUAUUGCUGUAAUUAUAUUAAUUAUUAGCCAUUAUGUGUGUGAUUAAUUAAAAGUAAGUUGAAUAAACUGAAUUUUGGUGAUUAA